GCGGCGCUAAAUUAAAUUAGCAUACUAACUAGUUUUUUUAGCUGAUGGACGGAUGAACUGAGCAGCUUGGACUAGAAGAAGAAGAAGAAGACUAAACAUACACACACACACACACACACACUCACUCACACACACAAACACACACACACACUCAUCAUUUUCAUCCUGCAGUCGAGACACCACCGAGUCCCAGGAGCUCAUUUUGUCGGCGACCCUUCCUGCCGUCCGCCUGCCGAGGAGAUGGGGGACAAGGCGGGCACCAGAGUUUUCAAGAAGUCGAGCCCCAACUGUAAGGUGACGGUUUACCUGGGAAAAAGAGACUUUGUGGAUCAUCUGGACCACGUUGAUCCAGUAGAUGGCGUGAUCCUCGUCGACCCCGAGUAUCUGAAGGACAGGAAAGUCUUCGUCACCCUCACCUGUGCGUUUCGUUAUGGACGGGAGGAUUUGGAUGUUCUGGGUUUGUCCUUCAGGAAGGAUCUUUACAUCUCAACCUUCCAGGCUUUCCCUCCGGUUCCAGAGGAGAGGAAACCAAACAGCCGGCUGCAGGAGAGACUGCUGAAGAAGCUCGGCCAGCACGCACAUCCCUUCUACUUCACUAUUCCUCAGAAUCUCCCGUGUUCAGUCACUUUACAGCCCGGUCCAGAGGACACUGGGAAGGCCUGCGGCGUCGACUUUGAGAUCAGAGCUUUCUGUGCCAAGUCGAUAGAAGAGAAGAUUCACAAGAGGAAUUCGGUGCGUCUGGUGAUCAGGAAGGUUCAGUACGCUCCAGAGAAGCCGGGUCCUCAGCCGAUGGUGGAGACGACCCGAAGCUUCCUGAUGUCUGACAGAUCUCUGCACCUGGAGGCCUCGCUGGAUAAAGAGUUAUAUUACCACGGAGAGCCAAUCAGCGUCAACGUUCACGUCACCAAUAAUUCCACCAAGACCGUAAAGAGAGUGAAGAUCUCUGUGCGUCAGUAUGCAGAUAUCUGCCUCUUCAGUACUGCCCAGUAUAAAUGUCCAGUGGCCCAGCUGGAGGCAGAUGACCAGGUGUCGUCCAGCUCCACCUUCUGUAAGGUUUACACUCUGACUCCGACGCUCGAUAAGAACAGAGAGAAGAGAGGACUCGCUCUGGACGGGAAACUCAAACAUGAAGACACCAACCUGGCUUCAUCCACCAUAGUGAAGGAUGUGACCAAUAAGGAGGUUUUGGGGAUCCUGGUUUCCUACAGAGUCAAAGUGAAGCUGGUGGUCUCACGUGGAGGGCUGCUGCGAGGCAUGUUGGAGAGGUUUUAUUGUGAAAAUCUGAAACUGCAGCCAAUCAGAGGCCUUCUCUGUGGUCACAUGACUUUAAGUUAAGUCCCAUCAGUCAGGCUUCUGCAACUUAAUCUCAUUUAUUUCAUGUUAUUGACUCUCUGAGUGAAUAUUAUCUGACUUUAAAUGAAGUUGAACGCAGCAGCUCAGGUGUUUACAUCAUAACUGUUUCAUUCAUCUCAUAAAAUCCAUAACAACAUUUUAUUUUAACAUCAGUUUUUCUGCUUUUUAGUUUUCAUCUCUGCUGUUUCAACACAUAACAUUCAUUUUUUUAAUUUUUAUUCUUAUAUAUGACAAACAAUAUACAGUAGUAAAUAUUCACAUGCAUAUAAACUGAACAUAUACAUAAGAGAAAAACAGUGUUGCAUAUGCAGAAAAAAUAGAGAUAAAUAAUAAAUAAGUCUUAUUAUUGCAAACAAUUAUCUGAAAUAAUUAUACUCUCAACUCGUUUAAUAUUGUCUGUCAAAUACCACAAAAAAGUAUUAAAUAUUAAAUAAUUAUUAAAAUAAUAACAUUUAAAAAAUAUUAAUAAUACAAAUAAACAUGUAACAUAUAAGCUAUAUUAAAUAAUACAUUUAAAUAAUAUUAAAAAUAUUAGAUCAGAUAUUUCUUUAUUAGUCCCACAUUUGGGAAAUAUCUGCAUUAUUACAGCAGCAAGUGGACAUUAAAUACAAUAUAAGAGCAGCAAUAAGAAAAAGAUUAAAUAAUAAAUUAGUAUGAAAAAUAAUAAUAAUAGUAGAAAUAUAUAAUAAAUAAUAAUAAUAAUUGUGACAUUAAAACAAGAAUAAUAACUUUAAAAAGUUAAAAAACAUUAUAUUAUAUACUAUAUUUAUAGUCAUGCUUUAUAUUAUGAUAACUUUACAACAUGUUAUCAGUAUAAGUAAGUUUAUAUGUGUGUUAAACAUCAGAUCUGUGUGUUAACCUUCCUGUUGUCCUCGAGUCAAGGA